UAUCACCAUGAAAACCAUCUCUCUGGCACUGAUGUGUCUGCUGCUGGCUGCUGUGUGGUUACAGGAUGUGGACAGCAAGAGCAUGCAUGUGGUCUCCUCUAGCUGCUGCUUGAGUCCCUUGAAGAAAAAGCUUUCCCUGAAGUUUAUCAAGUGUUAUAGAGAGAUCGGAGGCUCCACCUGUCCACACCCCAAAGCUGUGGAAUUCAGACUGAAGAAAGGUAGAAAAAGCUGCGCAUUAACCAAUGUCACGUGGGUUCAAGAUCUCCAGAAUAAGCUAAAUCUCUGCUAACUGGGGUGAAGAUAAGCUACGUUCCCAUCCCAGCACCAGAGACUGCAGCUUCAUUCAGCCGUCGACCCCCCAACUGCCGCCAUCCCUCUGCCUGCUGUUGCAGGCUCACAGAUCUCAGUCAUGUG